AUGCUUGCCCCUGUCUUGUUCUUAUCACUGGCCUCCACUUUGCUAAAAGAUUGGCCUUCUCCCAAUGCAGCCCGUCCUGAGGAGCCUUUUGACAUGAACUCCCUGGUAUUAAUGGUUCGUUUGGAAUCUGAUCUGGCACAAGUUUUACUAGCAGCUUGCAAGGGUGAACUGAGUGGAGUGUCUUUGAACUGGUCUUCGGGCUCUGCCAUGGUGGUAGUGAUGGCAAGCAAUGGCUACCCUGAGAGCUAUGUAAAGGGAAGCGUGAUUCAAAACCUUGACGAAGCAGAGCAGGCUGUUCCGUCUGUUAAGAUAUUUCAUGCCGGUACUGCACUUGAUUCAGAUGGCAACUUCAUUGCCACCGGGGGACGUGUUCUUGGAGUCACUGCCAAGGGAAUAGACCUUCAAGAGGCCCGGGAUGGAGCUUACCAAGCUGUCGAGGAAGUGAACUGGCAAGGUGGGUUCUAUCGCCAAGACAUUGGUUGGAGGGUGCUUCCACAUAAACAGUUUUCCACAAAAACAUGA